UAAACUGAUAUCUUUUGACCACAGAAAACGUCACUUUGACACCCAAAAAUGAAUCAAAACGGUUUCUUCUGGUCUUGAGAUAUCUAAAGUUUAAAACGUCUUAUAAAAGAAAAAUGAAAUGAUUCCGCGCUUUACCAACCUUUUCCGUAUACCACGAACGUCAUUUCGUGCAUGGUACCUUUCCGACGUACGACAAAAUUCGGGAUUUGGGAGUGUUAGUUUCGACGACGAUAAAUUUGAAGCGGUCGUGGAUGUCGAGCAGUACCAAUCAGGAGAUAUCAACGUGGAAGUCAUGGACAGCACAAUAAUAAUUCAAGCGAGACAAAUCGACAAACAGGGUGAUCACCAGUUAGUUUCGAGCCAGUUCAUCAAGAAGUUUAUCCUGUCUAAAGGGUACUACGACAUGAACAACGUGGAAUCGACGUUGUAUUCAGACGGAGUACUCAUUGUGACCGUUCCAAGGAACCGAACGGUGGACGAGUGCUGUAGGAAAAUCCCCAUCGUGCAAGCCGGGAAGCCGUAUAGGUCUUGAAUUUCGGAAUGCAAUUUUUGUGUAUUGCUCAUUUUCACGCACAUCAAAUACAACAAAAUGGUUGGAAAAACA